CUCGAAGGCAGAAAGCAAAAUCUUCGUCACGCCCGAUGCAAUGUGCAAUUUGCUGACAAACCGAGGGCAAGUCUUUGACUCUUUCUGCCUCACCUUCUCGACUUGGUUUUGUACAGUUUUGUACCUCAAGUCAGUCAUGGUGAAACGAAAAGCCCAUCAGGCGAGCGAUGACUCUGAAAUCCCUGCCCAAUCUGCUGCUGUAGCACCAAGUAAAUCGUUGAAACGCGGUGUCAAGAAGCCAAAGUUUGUCAUGCAAAAAGACUCUGAAAGUGAGGAUGAAGAAGAAGAAGAGGAAGAAGAAGAGCCAAAACCAGUGAAAUCAAAGCCUGUGCCCACAUCUUCAAAUAAUGGCUCAUUAAUUAAAGAGAGCCCUGAAGGUGAUAAAUAUAUCGACCUAGGAAAAAAGAAAAGAGCCACUGUUCGCUCUUUCAAAGGGAGUACCUUUGUCGACAUUCGCGAAUUCUACGGUGACACAGAACAAUCAAUGAAACCGGGGAAGAAGGGUAUCUCCUUGGCACUAGACCAGUGGGAGGUCCUGAGAAGUAGCGCAUCGGCCAUUGACGAGUUGUUUGCAGCUGAGCAGAAAAAAAAGUAGGCAACCAUCGUAAGCGAUGGACUGGGUGUGUCAGGGGUAUGUAUCAUACAAUGUACAAAUAAAGUAUAUAAAUAAUGGCACGAAUUGAAAUUCA